AUUGCCGCCAGCCACAACACUUUCAGUUCUAUUUUAACGAGUUGCUGACGAGGUUCGUAAAUCGGAGAAAGCAUCAUCAAUAUGGUUAUCAACUUUGCCGCCGGCCCAGCCAAGUUGCCCGAAGAGGUGCUGAAAGAAGUGCAAGCUAAUCUGCUGAAUUGCAAUGGCAGCGGCAUCUCGGUCAUGGAAAUGUCCCAUCGUUCCAGCAACUAUGGAAAAAUCCAGGAGGCGGCUAUUGCCGAUCUACGCGAACUGCUCAACGUUCCACAAAACUAUAAAAUACUGUUGAUGCAAGGCGGCGGCACGGGACAGUUUGCAGCAUCUGCCCUAAAUCUCAUUGGGAGCACUGGCACUGCAGAUUACGUCAUCACCGGCUCGUGGUCGGCUAAGGCAGCAAAGGAAGCUGCACAGUAUGGCAAGGUGAAUGCUGUGCUGCCCAAGCUGGAAUCGUACACUACAGUGCCCAGGCAAAGCACGUGGAAACUGGAUCCGAAUGCAUCUUACGUCUACUACUGCGACAACGAGACUGUGGAGGGCGUUGAGUUCGACUUUGUGCCAGAGGUGAAGGUGCCCUUAGUGUGCGACAUGUCAUCCAAUUUUCUGUCCAGGCCCAUCGAUGUCAGCAAGUUCGGCAUGAUUUACGCUGGUGCCCAGAAGAACAUUGGCCCCGCUGGUGUCACGGUGAUCAUUGUGCGCGAGGACCUGAUUGGCAAGCAUUUGAAAGUUACACCGUCCAUACUGAACUUUGAGCUGAUGGACAAGAACAGCUCACUCCUCAAUACUCCGCCCACAUUCGGCAUCUAUGUCAUGGGCCUCGUUUUCAAGUGGAUCAAAGCCAACGGAGGCAUUGCAGGCAUGUCGGAACGCGCCAAGGCCAAGUCGCAGCUCAUCUACAACAUCAUAGAUAAAUCGAAUGGCUUCUACUAUUGUCCCGUGCAGACGCAAGUGCGCUCCCGCAUGAACGUGCCCUUCCGCAUUGGCAGCAGCGCGGGCAACGAGCAGUUAGAGAAGGAGUUUUUGGCCAAAGCCGAGGCUGAGGGCAUGAUACAGCUGAAGGGCCAUCGCUCAGUGGGCGGCAUACGUGCCUCUCUUUACAAUGCCAUUACUCUUGACGAGACGCAAAAGCUGGCCAAGCUCAUGCUGGCAUUCUAUGAGAACAAUAAAAACUAAAAUUCGCAA